AUGUCGGUGGGCAGGCUCCCUUCUGAAGCUGACGACAAGGAGUCCAAGAGGGCUAGAAGGAUGGCCACGCCCCUAGUCGGAUUCUUGGAUGAGGACAAACUAGGAACCCUCCAACCCCACAACGAUGCCCUAGUCGUCACGCUCAGGAUUGGUGGAUACGACGUGAAAAGGGUGCUAAUCAAUCAGGGCAGCGCCGUGGAAGUGAUGUAUCCUGACUUGUACAAGGGGUUGAAACUGAAACCAAAGGACCUGACAGCAUAUGAUUCCCCUUUAGUGAGUUUCGAGGGAAAAACCAUCACUCCAAAAGGCAUGAUUAGGCUGCCUAUACAAACAGACUCGGACGUGGUGGAGGUGGACUUCAUAGUGGUAGACGCAUACUCCCCCUACACUGCCAUUGUAACCAAGCUGUGGCUUCAUGCCCUAGGGGCUAUGUCAUCAACCUUAUACUAA